AAGUAGUAAAGGGUGGGUAAACAGGAAAAAAAAAGAGAGAAGAGUCUUUUCUAGAAAGGAAACUGAAAGAAAAAGGGAAAGACUAUUAAAGACGAGCUCGAGCUGCACUGGGCAGUCUCAGCUUCUCAACUGCCCAGCGUGACCAGUGGCCACCUCUGCAGCACCUCCUGCAACCUGGUUUUGUCUGGACCACUGAGCAAAUCUGCCAACACCCUAGCCGGCUGUGAACGCAGGUCCUGGAAAAUGGCAGAUGUGCCCAACGGUGAGCAGGGCUGUGGGUCUCCACUGGAGCUGUUCAAGAACAUUGCUGCUCAAGGGGAGCUCGUGAGGGCCCUCAAAGCCAGAAACGCGGCGAAGAAUGAAAUUGAUUCCGCAGUGGAGAUGUUGUUAUCCUUGAAAAUGAGCUACAAAGCUGCCACGGGGGAGGAUUACAAGGCUGACUACCCUCCAAGGGACCCGGCACUUGGGAGUGAUGGUGGCCUGGAUGCCACAGAAGCAGGCGAGGAUUUUGUGGACCCAUGGACAGUACAGACAAGCAGUGCAAAAGGCAUUGACUAUGACAAGCUCAUCGUUCGGUUCGGAAGCAGUAAAAUUGACAAGGAGCUGAUAAACCGAAUAGAGAGAGCCACGGGUCAGAGGCCGCACCGCUUCCUGCGCAGGGGAAUCUUCUUCUCACACAGAGACAUGCAUCAAAUUCUUGAUGCCUAUGAAAAUAAGAAACCAUUUUACCUGUAUACGGGCAGGGGCCCCUCUUCUGAAGCAAUGCACGUAGGUCAUCUCAUCCCGUUUAUCUUCACAAAGUGGCUGCAGGAUGUGUUCAAUGUGCCCUUGGUCAUCCAGAUGACCGAUGACGAGAAGUACCUGUGGAAGGACCUGACCCUGGACCAGGCCUAUGGCUACGCUGUGGAGAACGCCAAGGACAUUAUCGCCUGCGGCUUUGACAUCAAGAAGACUUUCAUCUUCUCUGACCUUGACUACAUGGGGAUGAGCCCAGGCUUCUACAAGAACGUGGUGAAGAUACAGAAGCACGUCACCUUCAACCAGGUGAAAGGCAUUUUCGGCUUCACUGACAGCGACUGCAUCGGGAAGAUCAGUUUUCCUGCCAUCCAGGCCGCUCCCUCCUUCAGCAACUCGUUCCCCCAGAUCUUCCGAGACCGGACAGAUGUCCAGUGCCUCAUCCCGUGUGCCAUUGACCAGGACCCAUACUUCAGGAUGACCAGAGACGUGGCCCCCAGGAUCGGCUACCCUAAGCCAGCCCUGCUGCACUCGACCUUCUUCCCCGCCCUGCAGGGGGCCCAGACCAAGAUGAGCGCCAGCGACCCCAACUCCUCCAUCUUCCUCACAGACACGGCCAAGCAGAUCAAGACCAAGCGAGCCCCGCGGUGGCCCGUCCCGGGCUCGGUGGGAAGGAGCAGCCCGAGGCCUCCCCCCACUGCUCGGGCCGGCUUGCAUGCGCAGGGCGGCGGCCCGACGAGCAUGUGUGUCCUCUCGCUGGCGCAGGUCAACAAGCACGCGUUCUCCGGAGGCAGAGACACCACGGAGGAGCACCGGCAGUUUGGGGGCAACUGCGACGUGGACGUGUCCUUCAUGUACCUGACCUUCUUCCUGGAGGAUGACGACAGGCUGGAGCAGAUCAGGAAGGAUUAUACCAGCGGGGCCAUGCUCACCGGCGAGCUCAAGAAGGAGCUCAUAGAAGUUCUGCAGCCCUUGAUCGCCGAGCACCAGGCCCGGCGCAAGGAGGUCACAGACGAGAUAGUGAAAGAGUUCAUGACUCCCCGGAAGCUGUCCUACGACUUUGAGUAACGCUCACUUUCUAUACAUUUACUGAGAUGUAAUUUACCAAGAAUCCCAGCCCAGUCGAAUCACCACUUCCCUUAGGCUGUGUCACACGGUAAUUACUGGUCUGGUGUCUAUAAGCCCUCUGUGUGUAUCAAUGCUGUUUCUUCUGCUGAAUGUCAUUCCCUGUCUCCUGUGAGCAUAACCCUGUGGGGUGAUUGGGUGCCGGGUAACACUGAGUGGUCACACAGACAAGUCCAGCUGGAGUCUCUCCCACAAAGCAGCCCCAAGGAUGUGCAGCCUUGGGCUGGAUGUCCACUGGCCAGCCUGUUCUGGUCCACAGGACAGCUCCUGUUUGAAAGCAUCCUACAUCCAAACAUACUCUUAAACGUGCUCUAUCAAAGAAUAUGUAGUCUGUGUAUGCAUACCUGGAAUCAAGAUGUUAUUAUC